AUGGAAAUGCGCAAAAAGUCACUGCUAAUUGGCAUCAAUUACACGGGGAGCGAGCACCAGCUCAACGGGUGCCAUCGAGAUGUUGAAAACAUUGCCGAGUUUCUGAGCUACCGGGGCUACUCGUCCGAUCCUCGGUCCCAGGUCAUAUUGAGAGAUGACUUGGGAGACGCGUACUACCCCAGUGCGCACAACAUGCUGGUGGCUGACUUGUUCCAGGCUGCCAUCGACUGGCUCGUCAGCGAGCCCGGGACCUGCAACUUCUUCCACUACUCGGGGCACGGCGGCCAGGUGCGGGACCCGACGGGGCAGCGACCGUCGGGCAUCCUGGACACGAUCUGCCCGGUGGACUUUGAGGAGCGGGGCCAGAUUGACUCGGACACGCUGCACCAGCACCUCGUGACGCGGAUGCCGGGCAACAGCACGCUGUUUGCGAUUCUCGACUGCUGCCACUCGGGCUCGGCGCUGGAGCUGCCGUACGUGUACCGGACCGACGACUCGGGCAACGUCAGCCUGGUGGACAAUAUCCGGCAGGGCAUGCGGCUGAUGAGCGAGGCGUCGGGCUUGCUCAGCGGCGGCGGCGGAUUUAGCUUCGACAAGCUGGCCGAGGCGCAGGACCUGUACGCCGGCGCCACGUCCUUUUUCCGCUCCUUCAAGCACAUGGGCGAGGAACAGCAGGCCGCCGGCCUCGACGCCGACGAGGACAGCGCCAUGUACCAGCAGGAGCACAAGAUGGUGACCAUGUUCUCGGGCUGCCGCGACGACCAGACGAGCGCCGACGCCAGCAUCGCCGGCGUCAGCGAGGGCGCCAUGUCCUGGGCGUUUCUGCAGGUCAUGAGGAGAAACCCCAACCCGAGCUUUUUGCAGACGCUCAAUGAGACGCGCUUGUGCCUGCGACAGUCCAACUAUGAGCAGGUGCCGCAGCUUUCGGUUGGACUGCAGAUGGACCUGGAGCGGCCAUUGACGCUGUAA